UUAGUCAUGGUGACCUGCGCGCGCUCCGCGCCUCCCCCCGGCGCGCAGCGAUGGAGGCGCCCGGGCCUGGGCGACGGAGGCGGAGCUCGAGCGCGGCCAUGGCGGGGCCUCUGAGUGCCAGUGGUGGUAUUGUCCCUUGUCACCUGGAACCCCAUGCAGCCGGAACCCAGGCUUAGCGGGGCUGGGGCCCGCACGCGAUUCCUUCCCCUGAGGUCACAGCGCCCUGAGGGGGCAGGGGACACGGUGAUGUACGCCUCCACCGAGUGCAAAGCCGAGGUGACGCCCUCCCAGCACGGCAACCGCACCUUCAGCUACACGCUGGAGGACCACACCAAGCAGGCCUUUGGCAUCAUGAACGAGCUGCGGCUCAGCCAGCAGCUCUGUGAUGUCACACUGCAGGUCAAAUAUGAGGACGCGCCAGCCGCCCAGUUCAUGGCUCACAAGGUGGUGCUGGCCUCAUCUAGCCCCGUCUUCAAGGCCAUGUUCACCAAUGGGCUGCGGGAGCAGGGCAUGGAGGUGGUGUCCAUUGAGGGCAUCCACCCCAAGGUCAUGGAGCGCCUCAUUGAGUUUGCCUACACGGCCUCCAUCUCCAUGGGGGAGAAGUGUGUGCUCCACGUGAUGAAUGGCGCCGUCAUGUACCAGAUCGACAGCGUCGUCCGCGCCUGCAGCGACUUCCUCGUGCAGCAGCUGGACCCCAGCAACGCCAUUGGCAUUGCCAACUUCGCUGAACAGAUCGGCUGCGCCGAGCUGCAUCAGCGCGCCCGCGAAUACAUCUAUAUGCACUUCGGAGAGGUGGCCAAGCAAGAGGAAUUCUUCAACCUGUCCCAUUGCCAGCUGGUGACGCUCAUCAGCCGAGACGAUCUGAACGUGCGCUGCGAGUCCGAGGUCUUCCACGCCUGUAUCAACUGGGUCAAGUAUGACUGUGAGCAGCGGCGUUUCUACGUGCAGGCGCUGCUCCGGGCUGUGCGCUGCCACUCGCUCACACCCCACUUCCUGCAGAUGCAGCUGCAGAAGUGCGAGAUCUUGCAGUCGGACUCCCGCUGCAAGGACUACCUGGUCAAGAUCUUCCAGGAGCUUACCUUGCAUAAGCCCACGCAGGUGAUGCCCUGUCGGGCGCCCAAAGUCGGCCGGCUCAUCUACACCGCUGGUGGCUACUUCCGCCAGUCACUCAGCUACCUGGAGGCCUACAACCCCAGUGAUGGCACCUGGCUCCGAUUGGCAGACCUGCAGGUCCCUCGCAGUGGCCUGGCUGGCUGCGUCGUGGGCGGGCUGCUGUAUGCUGUGGGUGGCCGGAACAACUCGCCGGACGGCAACACCGACUCCAAUGCGCUGGACUGCUAUAACCCCAUGACCAACCAGUGGUCGCCCUGUGCCCCCAUGAGCGUACCACGCAAUCGGAUCGGGGUUGGGGUCAUCGAUGGGCACAUCUAUGCCGUUGGUGGCUCCCAUGGCUGCAUCCACCACAACAGUGUGGAGAGGUAUGAGCCAGAGCGGGACGAGUGGCACUUGGUGGCCCCAAUGCUGACUCGAAGGAUCGGGGUGGGAGUGGCGGUCCUCAACCGUCUGCUCUAUGCCGUCGGGGGCUUUGAUGGAACAAACCGCCUCAACUCAGCCGAGUGUUACUACCCAGAGAGAAAUGAGUGGCGGAUGAUCACACCCAUGAACACCAUCCGGAGUGGGGCAGGAGUCUGUGUCUUACACAACUGUAUCUAUGCUGCGGGAGGCUACGAUGGUCAGGACCAGCUCAACAGCGUGGAGCGCUAUGAUGUGGAGACAGAAACGUGGAGUUUUGUAGCUCCCAUGAAGCAUCGGCGAAGUGCCCUGGGGAUUACUGUGCACCAGGGAAGGAUCUACGUUCUCGGAGGCUAUGAUGGCCACACGUUCCUGGACAGUGUGGAGUGUUACGACCCAGACACAGACACCUGGAGUGAGGUGACCCACAUGACAUCGGGCCGGAGCGGGGUGGGUGUUGCUGUCACCAUGGAGCCCUGCCGGAAGCAGAUUGACCAGCAGAACUGUACCUGUUGAGCCGCUUGAGUCUCUUGGGCAAAAAAAUGGUCUGAUCGAGAGUAUGGUUGUUUUUGUACAAAAACAGGGACAAAAAGAAAAGGCGACAGAGCAAACGCUUAUCCUCCAGGAUGGGAGGCUGAGAUGCCUCAGUGUUCAAAUGACAGCUAGAAAGAAAAGAAGGCCAGAGCAGGAACCCAUGAGCCUGUCAGAGUCGUCCCAGGAGUGUCCAAGAGAGCCUCCCUGGGAGGGGGGGCGCAUGAAGGGCAGGCUCCCAGGAAGAGAGGCCCCUGCACCCACUACCCUGAGAAUAGGCCUGCGUCCCACACCAGCCGCCGCCACCUCCCUUUGCGGUGAAAGCAGGUGCUUAGGUCAGGCCGGGUUUUUGUUUCUUGUGUCUUUGUGGUUGGUUCCUGGAGGCCUGGGAGGGAGCCAGCUGAGGCCUCACGGGUGAGGUUCCUGUGGAGGUGCGGACCCCAGGGAUGGGCGUGUACACAGAAACCCCUGGAUAUCUCUGCCCUGGACAGUCAUUUUGUUGAUAAGUAACCAUAUAACGUUCCAGUGAAAAUAAAGAACAAACUAACUAGCGUCUUCA